UUACGUCGAACAGUACCCGUUGGCGGCGUACUCGUCGUCGACGGGUAAACGUUGCGACGAUUGUUUUCCAAACGUAUUCGACUUAGCGUUUCAGACCGUCAUCGCAUUUUGGCAUUUCAUAUUUCACGCGUAACGAGUUCACCGCCUGAUGCUUGAUGAUGAAGGCCGCGGCGUUAAUGUCAUGCAUAGCCAUCACGUUGAGUGUAGCGAUGGUAAAAGACGUAUGUGGCAGCAAAUCCGUGUCGAAUAAGGAAUUAAAUAUGUGGACUGUCGAUAAUAAGGACAUGGGUGUUCCGAACAUGGGAAUCCAACAAGACGAAAUAAAAAAUAGCUUAAGAAAAACGGGAAAGCUAGAUGAAUUGGGUGAUUUGCUCGAAGUUGUACAAUACAUUAUCGUCGACUCUCUCAACAACUCCGAGUUCCGAUCGUUUAUGAUCAAACGUUUCUUGCAUAAUUAUACUUCACAAGCUUCUAGUUAUUUGGAUAAAAUAAAGAAAUUAAAAAAGAAAAUGAAUCCAGUAGCAGCAAACGCAGAUGAUGAGAAAGAUAGAGCAAUGAAAAACUAUUAAUAACCAUAGGUAUUAUAAAAUUAAAAAAAGAGUAAAGUAAAUUGUAAUGAAAGUUAUGUUUAGUAGCAUUAAGCGAUUCAAAAAUAUAACUGCAUAUAUAAUAUAAUGUGCAAAAUACUGUACGAUUGGUAUCAAUAUGAAAUAAUAUAUUAUUAAUCAUCAUUUAUUGA